GGAAGGAUGGAUGGACAGACGGACGGACAGAUGGACAGAAGGGUGGGUGGGUGGAAGAGAUGGACAGACGGACGGAUGGAGGGAUGGAAGAAUGAAUGGCCGGAUGGAUAGAAAGAAAAGUGGACAGAUGGACAAAUGGGGGGAUGGAUGGACAGAAGGAUGAAUGGAAUGUCUGAAAGGUGGGGGGGUGGGUGGAAGAGUGGAUGGACAGAUGGAUGGACAGACGGACAGAUGGAGGAAUGAAUAGAAAGGGAGAUGGAUGGUGGGACAGACGGACAAAUGGGAGGAUGGGAUGGACAAACGGAUGAAUGGAAGGACAGAAAGGUGGAUGGGUGGAAGAAUGGAGGGACAGACGGAUGAAUGGGCGAAUGGACGGACGGAUGGAUGGAUGGAAAGACAGACGGAUGGAUGGAAGAAUGAUUGGCUGGGUGGAUAGAAAGACAGGCAGAUGGACAGACGGACAGAUGGGGGGAUGGAUGGACAGAAGGCUGAACGGAAAGUCUGAAAGACGGGUGGGUGGAAGAACGGAUGGACAGACAGAUGGACGAAUGGGCGGAUGGAUGGAUGGACAGAAGGACGGAUGGACAGAAGGACGGAUGGGUGAACGGGUGGACAGACAAACGGAUGGAUGGAAGAAUGAAUGGCUGGAUGGAUAGAAAGACAGGCAGAUGGACAGACGGACAGAUGGGGGGGAUAGAUGGACAGAAGGCUGAACGGAAAGUCUGAAAGACGGGUGGGUGGAAGAACGGACGGACAGACGGAUGGACGAAUGGGCGGAUGGAUGGAUGGACAGAAGGACGGAUGGGUGAACGGGUGGACAGACAAACGGAUGGAUGGAAGAAUGAAUGGCUGGAUGGAUAGAAAGACAGGCGGACAGACGGACAGAUGGGGGGAUGGAUGGACAGAAGGCUGAACGGAAAGUCUGAAAGGUGGGUGGGUGGAAGAACGGAUGGACAGACGGAUGGAUGAAUGGGCGGAUGGAUGGAUGGACAGAAGGAUGGAUGGACAGAAGGACGGAUGGGUGAACGGGUGGACACAUAAACGGAUGGAUGGAAGAAUGAAUGGCUGGAUGGAUAGAAAGGCAGGCAGAUGGACAGACGGACAGAUGGGGGGGAUGGAUGGACAGAAGGCUGAAUGGAAAGUCUGAAAGACGGAUGGGUGGAAGAACGGAUGGACAGACGGAUGGACGAAUGGGCAGAUGGAUGGAUGGAUGGAUGGACAGAAGGACGGAUGGACAGAAGGAUGGAUGGGUGAACGGGUGGACACACAAACGGAUGGAUGGAAGAAUGAAUGGCUGGAUGGAUAGAAAGACAGGCGGAUGGACAGACGGACAGAUGGGGGGAUGGAUGGACAGAAGGCUGAACGGCAAGUCUGAAAGACGGGUGGGUGGAAGAACGGACGGACAGACGGACGGCUGGAAAGACGGACGGAGGGCCGCAUCGCGGCGCUGUCCGUGGUGCUGACGUCGAGCUGGGCGUUACGCUGGUGCGGUGCUGGCCGCGGUGCUGAAGCGAUGCUGACUGUGGUGCUGAUCCGGUGCUGGUCGUGGUGCCGAUUGGGGGCGCUGACCGUGGUGCUGACGUGGAGUCGGCCGUAGUGCCGAAGCCGUACUGACCGUGGUGCUGGUGCGGAGCUCUCCGUGGUGCUGGUGCUGCUGCGGAGCUCUCCGUGGUGCUGGUGCUGCUGCGGAGCUCUCCGUGGUGCUGGUGCUGCUGCGGAGCUCUCCGUGGUGCUGGUGCGGAGCUCUCCGUGGUGCUGGUGCGGAGCUCUCCGUGGUGCUGGUGCGGAGCUCUCCGUGGUGCUGGUGCGGAGCUCUCCGUGGUGCGGACCCGGUGCCCCCCUGAUGCAUUGCAGGUGCUGGAGGCGGCGCUGCUGGCGGAGCGUUUGGUGCAGCGCUACGAGGAGAUGGCGGCGGAGCUGCUGGGCUGGAUCGACCGCACCAUCACGGCCCUCAACGAUCGCCAGUGGGGAUCUAUGGGGCUGAGCGGGGUGCAGAGCCAGCUGCAGGCCUUCAACACCUACCGCACCGUGGAGAAACCCCCCAAGUUCACUGAGAAGGGUCACCUGGAGGUGCUGCUGUUCACCAUUCGGAGCCGGAUGCGCUCCAACAACCAGAAGGUGUUCGUGCCGCGCGACGGAACGCUGCUGGCCGACAUCAACCGGGUGCGUCUGCCCCAUAGGAACCCAGAGCCACCCCCAGGGACCCAUAGAGACCCACGGAGAUCCCACAGAGAUUUCCACAGACCCAUGGAGACCAACGGGGACCCUAUAGAGACCCACAGAUUCCCCAUAGGGAUUGAUAGGGACCCACAGGAACCCGUAGAGAUGACACAGAGACCCAUAGAGACCAGCGGGGACCCUAUAGAGACCCACAGAUUCCCCAUAGGGAUUGAUAGGGACCCACAGGAACCCGUGGAGAUGCCACAGAGACCCAUAGAGACGCACAGGGACGCACACAGACCCCAUAGGGAUCCACAGGGACCCAUAGAAACUUGUGGAGACCUACAGACACCCACGGUGACCCAUAGAGACCCAGCACCCCACAGAGAGAGCGCCUGGAGGCUCAAUGUCCCCAUAUCCCCGUAACCCCAUCGCCCCACAACCCCACAUCCGCAUCACCCCAUAACCACCGCACAACCCCAUAUGUGUGUGCGUGUCCCCAUUACCCCAUAACCACCCAUCACCCCACGACCGC